AUGUUGGGCGGCAGCACAAGUCCGAUUGCGUUCAUUAUCGCCAUCGUCAUUCUUGGCUCCUUCGUUGGUCUCCUCAUAUACUCCAGCGUCAUCUACCACAAGUUCCGCAAAGGCACUCUGCGCGGGAAUUACGCACCUGCCAACCAACCUUCUGCCUACACUGGGGCGUACUCCGCCAACGAGCCCACAAAGCCCUACGACCCAAAUCCCUCCCGUUACGAGAUGGACAAUAGAUAUGCAUAA